GAGUCAGCGAAACUCGCUGCAACAUGCUGAACUGAGCAGCAAGCAAGCCACAUAGCUGCUAGCUCUGCUCGACACUCACAACGAUGGACGAUUCUCUCCUCUACCAGUUUCAGGGCUUUUUCUCAGUCGGAGGUGAUGUGAACGCCCCGACGCGCCCUCACCCGACCUUCUCCUCGCUCUACAAACACAAGCGCGCUGGCUACGGCGAGCAAGAGACCCGUAGACGGCGCCUGUUAGAUGAACAACGCUCCCGUCGCAGGGACCACGCAGACUACGUACGGAAGAUCGCGGAGGGAGAGGAAUGGGAGGAGGAGAUGGGAGAGGAAGAGCUAGAAGAGGACAUUGAUCCAGAUCAUGUUGACGAUGCUUCGGCGGCGGGCGCUGAUGUGAAGGAGGGGGAAAAGAAGAAGCGAAGAGUCCACCCCUAUCGUAACCAGCUAAUGAUGUCUGAAUGGUUGGUCGAUGUCCCGCCGGAUUUCACAGACAAUUGGUUCAUGACCGUGUGCCCUGUCGGGAAGAGAUGUCUCGUCAUUGCGAACAAAAGAACAACCCUGGCCUACUCGCGAAUCGGUGCCUUCAUCAACUGCUUCCCUUCCCUCCUUCCUGGCGGGUGCAGGAGGACCUUCUAUUCACCGCGUGACUACUGUAUUCUCGACUGCAUACUGCACAGUCCUUCCAGAACUUUCUUUGUCCUUGACCUCAUGUGCUGGGGAGGUCAUCCUGUGUAUGACUCGGACCGCGAAUUCAGAGCAUUUUGGCUCCACACGAAAAUUGCAGAGACUAAAGGAGUCGGAGAACACGCAAAGAUCAAUCCGUACGCCUUCAAACCGCUUGACUCGUUCUCCUGCGGGCGAGACCCUGGAGUCGAGGGUUCAAUGGCACAAGUAUUGAGCAAGUCGUGGCCGCUAGAAGUGGACGGGUUGCUGUUUUUUCACAAGAGCAGUCACUACAAGAGGGGGACUUCGCCACUUGCGGUCUGGUUGAAGGCUCACAUGGUCUCAGAUAUUCUGGGUGUCCCGGUGGCAGAGGAGUUUCUUGAGUGUGCGCCGCGAAUGUCUGAUCCUCUGGCUACACCACUUGAACCGCCAAUAACUCCUGCGUCGGAGAAGAGAGGAAAGGAGGAGGAAGAUUGUGAGACAGAGAUGGCAAGUGGUGCACUCAUGGACUCACAAGUAAAAGAGGUUGAUAUGACCAGUAGUUAGUGUUGACCUUCAUUCACUUUUCCUUUUCUUAUAAUACCUAUCUAUCUUGAGUUCUUACGUAUGUAAGUGAUCACUGUGUUCAUCAAACUUAUUUUAUAACACAUUUUCAUGAGUGUUAUCUAAACAUGAUAAUAAUAAAUGAUAA